GCUCUAGGGUUUUUAGUUUUUAUUUUAGCGGAUUAGCUUCAGUAUCCUCCAUUGGCUUCUGCCUCAGAACUCUUAUUGAAGGUUUUAGGGAGUUUGCAUUUGAGUGGAAAGAUGUUUUCUGCACAGCACAAAAUUCACAAGGAUAAGGGAGUGGAACUUUCUGAGUUGGAUGAGCAAGUUGCUCAGGCUUUCUUUGAUUUGGAGAACACCAACCAAGAGUUGAAAAGUGAAUUGAAGGAUUUAUACGUCAACUCAGCUGUUCAAGUUGAUGUAUCUGGAGGACGCAAGGCACUUGUUAUCAAUGUACCUUACAGAUUGAGAAACGCUUACCGAAAAAUCCAUGUUAGGCUCGUUCGUGAACUCGAGAAGAAGUUCAGCGGAAAGGAUGUGAUCCUCAUUGCUACAAGGAGGAUUGUGAGGCCACCAAAGAAGGGCUCAGCUGCAAAGAGACCACGCAACCGUACUCUGACAUCAGUUCAUGAAGCCAUACUUGAUGAUGUGGUCUUACCCGCUGAGAUUGUUGGAAAGCGCACUAGGUACAGAAUCGACGGAACCAAAAUCAUGAAGGUCUUCUUGGACCCAAAGGAAAAGAACAACACCGAGUACAAGCUUGAGGCUUUCUCUGCGGUUUACAAGAAGCUGACCGGCAAAGAUGUCGUCUUUGAGUUUCCCAUCACUGAGGCGUAAAAGUUGAAAUGAAACUUAGAGAAUCUUUUGUGAUCUCAGAUAUUUAAAAGUCCUGUUUUUUGUUUAUUUUUUGUUAUGGGUUUUGGGUUUACUUCCAAUGUGUCAAGACAUUGAUUUUACAUCUGAAAAUGUGUACGAUCGUCAAAUUUUGUUGGUA